GGAGACUACUGUGACUCAUGGUCUCUGACAUUUCACACAGGAGCUCCACUGAGUGAGUCCUUCAUUCCCUGAAAACUGCUUUCUCUGUUCACCAGCAGUUUCCACCCCAGCAUGGCUCCACAGGUCCCUGAGGCCCCCUGGAUAUCGGCUCUGACCGUGGUGCUGCUAGUGCUGGGCAGCACCGUGGUUCAGAGCAGGACCCAUCCAGAGAACUGCGUGUACCUGAGACGGUGGGAGUGCUACGCGCGCAACGGGACGCAGCGCUUGGUGGAGCGAUAUAUCUACAACCGCGAAGAGUUCGUGCGCUACGACAGCGCCGUGGGCGAGUUCCGCGCGGUGACCGAGCUGGGGCGGCCGAGCGCCGAGUACUGGAACAGCCAGAAGGACUUCCUGGAGGAGAGGCGCGCCGAGCUGGACUCCGUGUGCAGAUACAACUAUGAGCUGGAGGCCCCCCUGACGGUGCAGCGCCGAGUCCAGCCUAAAGUACAUGUGUCCCCCGCCAAGAAGGGCACCCUGCAGCACCACAACCAGCUCAUCUGCCACGUGACAGAUUUCUACCCGGGUGACAUUGAGGUGCGAUGGUUCCUGAAUGGACAGGAGGAAACAGCUGGGAUCGAGUCCACCAACCUGAUCCAUAAUGGGGACUGGACUUUCCAGAUCCUAGUGAUGCUGGAAGUGACCCCCCAGCAGGGAGACGUCUACACCUGCCACGUGGAGCACCCCAGCCUGGACAGCCCUGUCACUGUGGAGUGGACGGCUCAGUCUGAUGCUGCCCGGAACAAGAAGCUGACUGGAAUCGGGGGUUUCGUGCUGGGGCUCAUCUUCCUCACAGUCGGCAUCGUCAUGCACGUGAGGAGCAAGAAAGGUCAGCGAGGACCUCAAUAAGCAGGGCAUCUGAUCUGACCACAAACACUAGGUGAAUCUUGAAACAAGGAAGUUUCUGUUUCUUUAGUCUUAGGGGCCUGUAAGACCCCCAGAUUCCCAAGAGGAUGUGGCUGCCACAUAAUUGCUCUGUAACUGAUUUCUGUAGCUUUACUCUUUGAUUCUAUGCGGUUCUCUCAUCAGCCAAAUUUCCUCCUCCUCUACAUCAUAAAUAAAAUCAAAUGUCAUUAUUUUCUCUUUAAAA